GAGAUGCUAUGAGAGCAGUCGGUCACAUCGUUCGCGAGUGACGUCAAUCCGUGUCCGUUUCUCACAUCAAAUCUGAUCCGAUCCGAACGGAAAUGCUCCGAGUGGAUCUCCACGGAAGAUUAUUGACAGACAUAUCUUAUCACAAUGUCAGGUGCGAUUUAGCGAGUUACUAUCCAGAGUUGCGCACAUUCUUCUAUAUUCGCUCGUCAUGUCGGGGACCAAGAGUGAAGACAGCAAGGAUGAUAAUCUACAUAGGCAGGGAUCGUUCAGAAAGCUUGUGCCAGGAAGCAGUAGUGGAGAUUCUCCAUUAGGCAUGUCUGUGAAGAUGAUAGAUAGGCCGAUUGUGUCACAAACCAACAAGCAACACGCCAUUUUCUUGCAAGAAUACAAUAUUCUUUCCGAGUACAAGAUGUUGUGUUCCCAAGACUUGAAGGGAAUCUAUGUGAUACCAUCUUCUAUAAACUCUUUUCUGUGGUUUGGCGUACAGUUUAUUCGACAAGGAAUCUACAAAGGUGGAGUUUUUAGGUUCACUAUUACACUGCCUCCGAAUUUCCCAGCUGGAGAUUGCCCUAAAGUUGUGUUUGAAACUCAAAUCUUUCAUCCACUGAUAAAUCCAGAAAAUGGAGACCUGUGCACGACCUGGGGAUUUCCUGAGUGGAAGAGAAACAAUAGAAUUUGGCAAUUAUUACAAUAUAUCACUAAGAUAUUUAUUAAAUUAGACAUGAAAAUGACUCGAGUGAAUGAGGAGGCAUCUAAUUUGCAAGAAAAUGAUUUUGAAGCUUUCCGAGAACGCGUGAAAGCGUGCGUGAAGCAAAGCGUGAAUCAGGUGUUUAAUCCACCUACUACUAUGGAUGAUCCACAUUAUAUUACAUUUAGCCAAUAUGUAAAUGAGAUACACGAUCCCGUUAGACAAGAAAUUUAUGAUCCAAAAGAGGAAGAAGAAAAUAAGCCAUUGGGUUUGUCGUGGGUGCAACCGGGCUCGUUUCAACCAUUUUCAAAGCCGGAGGCAAGAUAAUGAAAGAAUUCUAAAUGCAAUAGUGAAAAUAAUGACAUACGUCCUUAAGAGUUAUACGAAGAAAUCAAUUCUCUCUUAGCAAUCGCACGAGUGAUAAAAUCACAAAACUUCUCGAAAAAGCUAUUUUUCAUUCAGAGAAUAUAUGCGUCUUAAACAUUUUAAUGAAUCUGUAUGUGCUAAAGGAGAAUGACUAAAACAAUUGAAUAUAUAUAUAUAUAUAUA